AUGGUUUUUCUUCCAGGUGACUUCUGCGAGGUGAACCACUGUCAGAAUGGGGGCACCUGCCUGACCGGGAUUAAUGAGACCCCGUUCUUCUGCAUCUGCCCUGAGGGCUAUGUUGGGAUUGACUGCAAUGAGACAGAGAAAGGCCCCUGCCACCCCAAUCCUUGCCACAACAAUGGCGAGUGCCAGCUGGUCCCAAACCGAGGGGAUGUCUUCACCGACUACAUCUGCAAAUGCCCUGCAGGCUAUGAUGGGGUGCACUGCCAGAACAGCAAGAACGAGUGCUACUCCCAGCCUUGCAAAAAUGGAGGCACCUGCCUGGACCUGGAUGGUGACUACACCUGCAAGUGUCCUUCUCCGUUCUUGGGGAAGACCUGCCAUGUCCGCUGUGCAGUUCUCCUGGGCAUGGAAGGAGGAGCCAUCUCCGACGCCCAGCUCUCUGCAUCCUCUGUCCACUAUGGCUUUCUCGGCCAGCGCUGGGGGCCGGAGCUCGCCCGCCUCAACAACCAUGGCAUCGUCAACGCCUGGACCUCCAGCAACUAUGACAAGAGCCCCUGGAUCCAGGCCAACCUGCUGCGGAAGAUGCGGCUGAGCGGGAUCAUCACGCAGGGUGCUCGCCGCGUGGGCCAGCCGGAGUACGUCCGUGCCUACAAAGUCGCCUACAGCCUGGACGGGCGGGAAUUCACCUUCUACAAGGAUGAGAAGCAGGACGCAGACAAGGUUUUCCAGGGGAAUGUGGACUACGGCACCAUGCAGACCAACAUGUUCAACCCUCCCAUCACCGCCCAGUUCAUCCGCAUCUACCCCGUGAUGUGCCGCCGCGCCUGCACGCUGCGCUUCGAACUCAUCGGCUGUGAGAUGAAUGGUUGCUCGGAGCCUCUGGGCAUGAAAUCCCGCCUGAUCUCCGACCAGCAGAUCACAGCCUCCAGCGUCUUCAAGACCUGGGGCAUUGACGCCUUUACCUGGCACCCCCAUUACGCUCGCCUGGACAAGACAGGCAAAACCAACGCCUGGACAGCACUCCACAACGGCCAGUCCGAGUGGCUGCAGAUUGACCUCCGGGACCAGAAGAAGGUGACGGGCGUCAUCACACAAGGAGCCCGUGAUUUUGGGCACAUCCAGUACGUGGCAGCCUACAAAGUGGCCUACAGUGACAACGGCACGUCCUGGACCCUCUACCGGGACAGCCACACGAACAGCACCAAGAUCUUCCACGGUAACAGCGACAACUACUCGCACAAGAAGAAUGUGUUUGACGUGCCCUUCUAUGCCCGCUUCGUCCGCAUCCUGCCCGUGGCCUGGCACAACCGCAUCACCCUGCGCAUGGAGCUGCUGGGCUGCGAUGAGUAG